AUGCUUCGACCACGCCACUACUCGUAUGAGUGCAAGGUGACCCCUCAGGAGCGCCCGUACAAGGCUCGGCCAUCCCGUUCGCAGCAGCUCCGGAACCCCAAACUCGUCCCCAAGCUACACGAGGACACGUUCAAUGCUCUCCAAAUCAAGGAAGGAGUAGCCGAUCAAGAGCUAGCCAAGAGGGAGGCAGAGAGGGCAAAGACCCAGAAACACGGCGACAAGGAGGGAAACAAGAGCAGCGAGACGAAGCGUGGAAGACAGCGCUCCACGCUCGAUCUCCCCUGCCUCCCGUUCCCCUUCGCCAUACGCGUCAGCCGACAAUCGUCCCGCGCCGUCUAG